AUGGAGGACGACCGAACUGGCUAUCAAACACAGAAGGAGGUGCAUCCCACCGAACUGGUGGAGGGAGGGCAUCUCAACAAAGACAUUAGUGUGCGCGAGCUCCGGGAUGCCAUUCCAGAUUACUGCUUCCAGCCGUCCCUGUUCUGGUCUUUCUUCUACCUCGGCCGAGACUUGACCUACUCGGCUGUCCUUCUCAGCGGACUCUAUUACCUGCUGCAUACGGAAUGGGUGACUCAAUCCACAAUCGCCUACUACGCGGUCGUCAAUAUCUAUGGAGUGUUGCAGGGGCUUGUCUGGACGGGGCUAUGGGUGAUCGCCCAUGACUGCGGCCACAGCGGGUUCUCGAAUUCCGGUCUUCUCAACGACAUGAUUGGGUUUGUGCUUCACUCGAGCCUGCUAGCACCCUAUUUCUCUUGGAAAUCCACUCACCGCCGGCACCAUAUCUAUGCCAACCAUAUCGAGAAGGACCUCAACUAUGUCCCACCGCGCCGUGGCGAGUAUGCUAUGAAGAUCAAUCAGGCGGUGGAACUCCUGGAUGAGGUUGGGCAGGAUGCGCCACUGGUUCUGUUCUUGCGCAUUCUGUUGCAGCAGGCUAUCGGGUGGAACUGGUAUAUCCUAUCCAAUAUCACCUGUCCGCCGUCCGCGGUGAUCAAGCAAGGGAUGUCAGCCUGGCGCCACAGCCACUUUGAUCCAUGGGGCGCCAUGUUCCGGGACUCGGAGGUCUCAGCAAUUCUGUUGUCUGAUCUGGGUUGUCUGACGACGCUGGUGGUACUGUAUCAACUCUACCAGGUCUUUGGAUCGUUUGAGACUCUGUUUUGGGUCUAUAUAGUUCCUUGGACGUGGGUGAAUCAUUGGAUCGUGAUGAUCACCUACCUUCACCACACGCACCCAGCGGUGCCAAAGUACACGGCCGACUCGUGGACGUUCCUCCGCGGCGCCACGGCCACGAUCGAUCGCGACUUCGGCCUUAUCGGCACGCACCUCCUCCACCACAUCUCGUCGGACCAUGUCACGCACCACCUGUUCUCGCGCAUUCCACACUACUACAGCCCGAUUGCGAGCAAGGCUAUUAUCCCCUUGCUGGGAAAACACUACCACGGGCGGGGCCAAUUCCGGUACGAGGAUCUUCAGAUUGCCUUCCGUGAUUGCCAGUGGGUCGAGGAGGAUGCAGAAAAGGACGUUGUAUUUGGGCUACGCAAGGACAAGGAAACGGCGGCCCACCCGCGUGACAAGGCACUGUGGUACCGCGGCGGUGUGAGCCCGUCCCCCGAAUACAAGAUGCGAGGGUCGUACUUUGUGGAGAAGAAAGUGAUGUGA